AUGAAAUAUUGGUACCAAAAUCAGAAUAACAGUGUGAGAUGGGCCGGUGCAUACUCAGAGGAGUACAGGUUGGAAUGCGGCGUGAGGCAGGGAGGUUUGACGUCUCCGCGGCUUUUCAAUCUAUAUAUCAAUAGCCUGAUCGAGGAGCUCACCGGAGCCGGCAUUGGGUGCUCAGUUGGUGGCAAAAUAAUGAACAAUAUAAGCUACGCUGAUGACAUGGCUCUGCUGAGCCCAUCGAUCGGAGCCCUGGAGAUAUUGAUAGGAAUCUGUGAGAGGUACGCGGAGACCCACGGUCUCAGAUACAACUCCAAGAAAAGUGAGCUACUCGUGUUUAAGGCGGGUUCAAAAAAACCGAAGUUCAUACCACCACUAAAACUGGGAGGAACUGAGUUAAAAAAUGUCACUCAGUUUAAGUAUCUGGGGCACUGGGUCACCGAGGACCUCUCUGACGAUCUUGACGUGGAGCGUGAGCGUAGGGCAUUGGCGGUGAGAAGCAACAUGUUGGCUCGCAGGUUUGCACGUUGCACAAAGAGUGUCAAAAUAACUCUUUUUAGGGCAUUUUGUCAGUCUUUUUAUACAUGCGGCCUGUGGGUCAAGUGUACGCAGAAAUCUCUCAAUGCCUUACGCAUCCAGUAUAAUAACGGUUUCAGGGUGUUCUUGGGGUUGCCUCGAUUUUGCAGUGCGUCGGGGAUGUUUGCGGAAGCUCACGUAGAUAGCUUUCAAGCCAUAAUGCGUAAGAGAGUGGCCUCCCUGAUGCGCCGUGUUAGAGUCAGCCCCAACAGCCUUCUGAACACUGUUAUUGACAGUUUAGAUUGUCCAAUAGUUGCAAAGUGGAACGCUAUGCACAUGAACAAAUUGAGCAAUAGAGGUGUUGUUGGGCUAUUUUAG